AUGUUGUCGAGUGGUAGGAUUCGAAAACUAAAUCCACAGGUUCUGAGUGAAUUGAGAUCGCAAACUAUCUUCAACUCUUUAGCCUCGGUAGUUCAGGAAUUGUUAAGAAAUAGCUUGGAUGCUCAAGCCAAGGUGGUAGAAAUACGUCUAGACUUGGAUUCGCUCGCUGUACAGGUUGCCGACAAUGGAGUUGGAAUUCCUGCUGAUGAUAUGCUGAUGGUAGGCGAGAGAUAUCACACUUCAAAGUUGAAGCAAAUUAAGGACUUGCCUUUUAUCUCUACAUAUGGCUAUAGGGGAGAAGCAUUAUACGCUUUAGGUUUGGUAUCUCGACUUUCUAUUGUGUCUAAAAGUGACUCUGGAGACGUUACUUUUGUUCGAAUGAUUUCGUAUAAUUCGAAUACAGAAGUCUAUGAUUAUCAAAAUUAUACGAACGAUGGCUUCUUUCGGGUAGAGCCGAUCAAAAAGAACGGAACCAUAGUCACGGCAACAGGAUUGUAUUGCAACCUUCCUGUUCGUCGACAACAGAUUAGAGCAGUUUCGCAAUUCAAGAUUAUUGAUGAAAUUAGACAUAUUGUAUUUCAGAGUCUUGUCAAAUUUCCAGAUGUGAGUAUCAAAGUACUACGACUUGACCAUGAUUCCUUGAAUCCAGAUAUUCUCAUAAACUAUUCUCCCAGUAACACACGAAAGACUGAUAAUUUUGCUUGUAUAUUCAGGAACAUCUAUGGAAAGUCUGUUCUACCAAAAUUUCACACCCUAGAAGCUGAACAAAGAGGAUUGCAGUUGACAGGAUUUGUAGGAACGGACCCUGUAAGCUCGAAGAGGUUCCAAUACAUAUUCUUCAAUGGUUCUCUCCAAGGUUAUGAGACCACACGUAUAGCUGUAAACCAAACUUUCAAAGAAUCGAGAUUUGGAGAUAUACCUGAGUCUGUUUCUUAUCGUACAGGGGAAUCUCCUUCUAAGAAGCGAUCUAGGUUGCUGUGGGUUUGGCCAGUCUUUCUUGUUUGCAUAGAAAGCGUUAAAAAAGGGGCUACUAUUGAAGCCGAUGAAAUCACUAAGUUUGUGGUGAAAGUCUUCAAGCAAUUUUUGGUCUCUCAAGGGUUUCAGGUUGAUUCUGGGCCAUCCGUAUUUGGCUCUCCCCGGAUAUCAUUGUCUCCAUCGAAACGAAGAAAGACAUCUCCCAGUGGAGAUGAGGAACCUAGAGUGAAGAAAAGUGAUCAGCUUGAUAGUACUUUUCUAAAUGUUGCAGAAUCAGGUUUAACUUCGGGCAACUAUAGAAUUGUGAGACAACUUGAUAGCAAGUUUAUCUUGGUGAGCAGUUCGAAUAAUCUUGGAGGCAAAGUACUUCUAGUUAUUGACCAACAUGCUUGCGAUGAAAGAAUAAAGGUAGAGGCACUCUUUAAAGACUUCAUAUUUCUUGUCUUAGAUGCUCACACCAAUUUGCUGCUACGAGUGGUUGAGCCUGUAACGUUUGCUGUUAGUAGCGUAGAAGUUCAGUUGUUCGAGGAAUAUGCGGAGAAUCUUAACAAGUUUGGAAUUAGGUUCAUCAUUGAAGGUCUAACUAUAGUCGUAACCCACAUGCCCCAAAUAAUUUUGGAGAAGUCAGACAUAGAUGCUGAUAUCUUGAGGAGGUGGUUGUUGCUGCAUGUAAACGAUUUAAAAGAAGAAAGCAAGUCGGCAAUCGUAGAUACAUAUUCUAUUAAUGAUUGGUUUCCUUUUGUUCGUCACUUGCCCACCUUCUUGAUCGAUAUUAUCAAUUCUAAGGCAUGCCAUUCUUCUGUGGUUUUCGGAGAGGUAUUGGAGUAUUCUGAAAUGGAGAAAAUGGUACGGCAGCUCUUGCACUGUCGUCUACCGUUUCAAUGUGCUCACGGACGGCCAUCUAUAGUUCCAUUAGUAAACAUACAGUAA